AUGCAAGGACAUGUAGCACUGACGAGAGGAGGAAUGACUCGUAUGGGGAGACAGCAAGAACAAUACCAAAUUGAGUUAGAUAACCUCCACCAAAGGAUGAACUACCACCAUAACAACUGGAUGAACUACAAUGCAAGGAUGACUGCUAUGGAGAAUCAAAACGAUACUGCUCUCUCUCUGGCAGAUGGAAUAGAAGAAAGGCAUGUAGCACUCGAAGAAAUCCAUGAAACACUCGAAGAAAGCCAUGAAACAGUCAAAGAAAGGCAUGCAGACCACACAUAA